AUAAACAUGAAACGCUGCGUUAUUGAAGAAAAGGAUAGGGUAAAAUUUUGUGACCUUUCACCUGUCACGAUCAAAACCUUGUUCUUUCUUACACGAACGGCCGCGGAAGAACUCCUCAUCCAUUCUCCGAUCGCGAUUCACCCUCACACAAUCUCUCCAUCGUCGCCUCCUUUUCCCUUUGAUUAACCUAAGUAUAAAUUUGGCCCAUCUACAUUUUUGAUUAACCUAAGUAUAAAUUGAGAGGAUAGAAACCCAAACAAUACUAAACCCUCUCAACUCUCUUGGUCUUUUCACUUGUUCAGAUUCAGAAAAGAUGGUUCUAAUUGAGACAGCAUCAGAAUGGGAGGAGUUGAACCAGCGAUACAGGUCUGAGAAAGUAUCUGUGUGGUGGGUUUUAGAAAACUGGGAUGAGUACAAGGAUGUUGAUCCUUGUCGUAUAAAAGAAAACAUCAGUAUAGCACUUGCUAAGGAGGACUACAAGGGUUCCGUUUCCAUCUCUUGCUACGUUGACGAAGUUAACGCAACUAAAAUUCCCGAACAUGUGCUGACGGAUCUCUCGUCGUCCGGAAUUUCCACCAACCAUUAUCCUAAAGAUGAGAAGCCUGUGAUGCUCAUUGUGGACAUGUUGCGUUGGGCAGAAUCCAACCCUCCACCUGCAAAUUACUUAUUUAUAUUCAAUGAUGAUGAUGAUUAUGAUGCCGGAUUUACUUAUGCAAUCGAUUAUCUCCUAUGUUGCAAGUAUAAUAUUCUUCUUGCAUCCCCAGAGGCAUGUGCACCAUCCCUCGUUUCACUUUCCAAGAGAGUAUGGCUUGUGCGUAGUCUAUUUUCAGGAGAAUCUCCGGCAUCUGAGGAACAAGUUAUGAAACUUCGUGGCUCCGAUUCUGAUGAAGAGGUUCCCAUUCUGAUGGGUGAUAGUACAACAGGGGCUCCGAUUCUGAGACUGAACUCAAAAUCGGUUUGCCGUCGGCGCCACCAUGAGGAGGCAGUUAAUUUGCUUAUAGGAUUAUGAAAACAUCAACCCUCCCCGGUAAAUAUAAGGUAAGUGAUUUAGAAGAUAUUUUUAAAUCAAAUCUUCAUCGGAUAGGUUUUAAUUGGGAAUCGAAAUUUCAAAUUUAUGGGACAUGGAUAAAGUUUGCGGUAAAACAAGACCGAAGGCUUUUAAUCUCAGCAAGUUUUUUGAAGUUGUCGAGGUUGGUGAAACAUCCAAGGAAUCCGCUGAUUUUAUAUGAUGAAAUUUGCCAUGACAAACCCGCCCCCUGCUGAUGUGAUGUUAGUGAGCGGUGAUCAAGAUUUAUGUAACGCCCUCCACCAUAUUCAUAUGAUUUUAUAUGAUGAAAUUUGCCAUGACAAACCCGCCCCCUGCUGAUGUGAUGUUAGUGAGCGGUGAUCAAGAUUUAUGUAACGCCCUCCACCAUAUUCGGGCAUAUGAGUAUCAUGUAUUACUUGUUCACCUUAUCCACGGGUUUCAUCGAUGUGGAGCCGUGGGUGGGGUGAACAAGUAAUACAUGAUACCCCUAUGCCCCGAAAAUGGUGGAGGGCGUUACAAAAAUCUUGAUCACCGCUCACUAACAUGACAUCCGCAGGGGGCGGGUUUGUCAUGGAAAACUCCAUCGUAUAAAAUCAGCGGCUUCCUUGGAUGUUUCACCAACCUUGACAACUUCAAAAAAAAUUGCUGAGGUUAAAAGUCUUCAGUCUUGUUUUACUGCAAACUUUAUCCAUGUUCCCAUAAAUUUGAAACUUCGAUUCCCCAUUAAAACCUAUCCGACGAAGAUUUGAUUUAAAAAUGUCUUCUAAAUCACUUACCGGGAGGGUUGAUAUUUUCAUAAUCCCACAAGCAAAUUAACUGCCUCCCCACAGUGGCGCCGGCGGCAACCCAGUUUUGAGAAAUUUUUUGUGGAGAGAAUAGAUACGUAUCUUUUCAAAGAUAGUAAACCAUUCAGCCGCUGUUGCAACCCAUCCUUCGCGGUAUGGUCGCAAAUGGUAAAAAAUAAGAUUCUAUGCAAGGUUGAAAUCUAUCGCAUAUCAAAAUUCAUGCAGUCAGCUCUUGCUAAGGAAAGUAUUUUUGGAUCUCUGGAGUUUUUGUGUCAUGGGGAUAUAGUGAAGUUGAGACACACCACCUCUCGGAAUAAGUGACAACAGGGGGCACUUGAUUUGUUUUGAUUAUUCAGAUGAACAGUGUGGCAGCUGAUGAUUAUUGUAAACAUGUUGCACUUGGGAGGGAGAUCAAGACCAAAGCCUUCGGUUUCUAGUAGUUAUUGAUUUAGAAAUAGCUUUGAAUGAUUUUCUAUUGACUUUUAAUGUUGUUAACUGAUGGUAUAAUCAACAUUUACAUUUGCUUUUGGAUGAAUAUGUUUUUAAAUCACAAGAUUAAUCAAUUUGUUUGAUCUGAUUUAUAAUCAAAACAUUGUUAUUACCA